UGUUGGUCGCGAGGAGGAGAGAGCACGAGAUGCUGCUGCUGCUGCUGACACAUUCCUUGAAAGAUGUGUAAAAUGGCGCAAGCAUGUUGGAGCCACCGGCUGUAGUUUGGAUCGAGAGGAACUGAUUUACUGCUUUUCCAUCAUUGUCUUUGCUCUUGCCUCACCUUUUUUUUUUUUUUGCAUCUCGUCUAAUUUUCAAUGUGAUUAAAUGGCUUCCGGACGGCGCCGCCAGGCUCCAUGCUCACUCGGAAUACUCCUGCUCGCUAUUGUCGGUAUGACAUGUGGAGGCGAGCUAUCAUUCACCCUGGAGCCCAGUGACAUUAUUGCUGUUCAGGAGCAACCUCUGAUGCUGCACUGUCAGGUGGAGGGGAUCCCACCCAUCACCACACAGUGGAGACGCAACGGAGCUCUGAUUGUGGAGGACCAAAACUAUGUCAUGUUUGCUAAUGGCUCGCUUCUGAUUGGCCACUUCCAGAAGACCAAGUCUGACGGCUCGUCUGAUGAGGGAGACUAUGAGUGCAUAGCUCAAAACUUCUUUGGGCUGGUCUUGAGCCGCAAAGCCAGAGUGCAGGCUGCUACAAUGGCAGAUUUUCAUGUGCAGCCUCGUUCAGUGCGUGCAGAGCUGGGAGGUGUUGGGCGAUUUCAGUGCCAAAUCCACGGCCUGCCUGAGCCGGUCAUCAGCUGGGAAAGAGACGGGCGACCCGUGGAUACCUCUGAUGACAGGUAUACUUUAUUGCCCACGGGUGUGUUGCAGAUAACGGGUGUUCGCCCUGAGGACAGUGGGAUGUACUGCUGUGUUGCACACAACAGUGCUGGAGUCAAACACAGUGCAGGAGCACAGCUCACGGUCUCAGGCUCCCAGUCAUCUGUUUACAAAGAACCCAUGAUCCUAGUGGGACCUGAAAACCUCACCCUAACAGUUCACCAGACUGCCAUUUUGGAGUGUGUUGCCACGGGUUACCCUCGCCCAAUCGUUUCGUGGAGUAGACUGGAUGGCCGGCCAAUAGGAGUUGAGGGUAUCCAGGUACUAGGAACCGGAAACCUGAUGAUCUCUGAUGUCAGAGUUCAGCAUUCUGGCGUUUAUGUCUGUGCAGCCAACAAGCCAGGAACCCGCGUGCGCAGAACUGCUCAGGGACGCCUAGUUGUGCAAGCCCCAGCAGAGUUUGUUCAGCCCCCUCAGUCCAUUGCUCGCCCGGUGGGCACCACUGCCAUCUUCACCUGCCUGGCCCAGGGUGAGCCAGUCCCACAGAUCACCUGGCUGAAAAAUGGACAAAUCUUGGAGCCCGAUGGCCAUGUCAAACUCAGGAACAACAACAGUACUCUGACCAUCUAUGGCGUAACCCAGGAUGAUGAGGCCAUAUAUCAGUGUAUUGCCGAGAACAGUGCUGGCUCCACACAGGCCAGUGCUCGUCUGACAGUGCUGUGGGCUGACGGGUUGCCAGGUGUGCCGACGGGCGUCCGUGCAGAAGUCCUUUCUCCAACCUCCAUUCAGGUGUCCUGGAACGAGCCCACCCAAAACACUCAGGACAUAAUCGGAUAUGUGCUGCAUAUCCGCAAGACUGCUGACCCAGUGGAGAUGGAGUAUCAGGAGGCUGUGAGUAAAAUGACCCUGCAGCAGGUAAUCGGCGAUCUGGAGCCUUCCACCAGCUACAGCUUCUAUGUGAAGGCUUAUACGUCCCGCGGAGCCAGCAAAGCCUCUGAGACGGCUGUGGAGAGCACUCUGGGAGAAGUCCCUGCACCACCAGCCUUGUUUACGAAGGUGAUUAAUUCGACGGUGGUUCAGGCCACGUGGGAGCCCUCCACUAAGAUGGGGCAGCAGGAAGGAUUCAGUCUCUACUACCGUAAGGUUCCCGUCCCCAUCUUCACCGGACCCCUUACCUUCCCACGUAAUGUGACCCAGUACAACAUCACUCAGCUGGAUCCCUCUUUUGUGUAUGAAAUUAAGAUUCUGGCUUUUAACCAGCAUGGAGAGGGCAAUGCCACCCUGCGCUUUGUGUCGCUCAAGGAAGCAGUGGAGAAAUCAGUGCUAAACACCCCUUGCGACUGUGUAAAAGAUGAACAGAACAAAAGCUCCACCACAGGCAUCAUCAUCGGCAUCCAUAUUGGAGUCACUUGCAUCAUUUUCUGUGUCCUUUUCCUCAUGUUCAGCUACAGGGGCAGGUUGAUGAUGUGCAAAACCGUGCAGGCCACCCGACAGGCGGGCCGUAACCCAGCAGCUGGAGUCGUGCUUGAAUCCUCUUCUUCCUCACAGGGGGCUGUGGCCCUCAACGGCCCCCACAGGUUCAGCUCAGACGGGAAUGGAGGAACCCACACUGCAAAGAGCUGCACCGACUCCAAUGAGAUGGAGAGACUCUUCUCAGGACCAUCCCACUUCUCCCAUCCACCUGACACCACCCACACAAUGGAGAGCUCUUUGGUCACUUGUCCAUUGAAUGAAACCGAGAUGUCCACACUUCCCCUUGAUGACUUCAGCCUGAUGGAGGAGUGUGAGCUGCAGUUCCGGCAGCAUCCAGCGGAGGGCCAACAGGAUGAAGACUGAUGAAGAAAUGAAGGCCAAGAAAAACCUCUACUCAGACUCCUGUCCAACUCAGGUCAACUGAAGUAUUCAUCUUUUUUAGUUCUGUUUUUAUCGUGCAAAGAAUAUAUUAUUCGUAAGUUAAGUUCCCUUUGUGGGAAUCACUGGACUGUAAUACGGGGGUCCCUGUGGCCUCAUGGUAGGUGAGGUUCUGCGAUGGACAUCUAUGAUUUCUCAUUGGUAGGUGAACAAAUACACUCUUGCAGUCACAGCUGGCAGCAUACAGUGAAAGUCUCCAAUCACUAGUAUCUGCAAUUGAUUAUAUUUAGCUUCUUCUGCACAACAGAGAAGAGUUUGACUUACUAAAACAGUCCUAUUUUUUUGACUUGCUGCCUACUUUUAACCUACCAAUGAUCUCACACGCCCAUCCAUCAGAGACCAAGACCUUCUUCCAGGGAUUUCAAAUUAUUCUCAGGACUUUUUUGUUUCACUGAUAUCAAUGUUUUUUUAGUGGGUUUCAGCCUUCAUAAAGACUUUAGACUCGGCUAUGUGAACCUUAGAAGAAUUUGCAACAAAAAACCUACCUCAGCUGGAAUGAAUGUCUUGUAGGAAGUCUUUGAGAUCUGCAUCUUGCUGUCUGUUCUGUUUUUAUACACAUCAAGCGUUCAGUCAAAAGAGAAAAAGGUGCUUCUCUACCUCAGAUUUCAAGGACUGCCGUUCUCCUGCUCGCCGAAGCGAAACAAGAAAAAAAUCCAACAUAUAGCACUUCCAAAUGUUGAAGUCAAUGUUCUACCUCAAAAUAACAAUGUUGUUAUUGUCGUUGUGGUUCUUUUCUCAUAUUGAAACAUAGCCUCUGUUUGUGAGAUCCUGGCUUCACUAUGUUGAUGAAUUGCUGUGUUUUGAUAUGUCAGUACCUCAUGCCAGUUGACAGAUGACAUUGUUCUAUGAAUUCUGCUUGUAAAGAUGUUUUGAUAGUGUCCUUGUAUUCACGUAGGAUAUUUUUUGGCAUUCUAUGUUUCCUGAUCAGAGUAUUUUUAUUUUAAUUGUAGUCGACGCAGUAAAAUGGAAAGACUUUUUAAGAUAAACUGCACUGUUACUAAUGUCUUCAGGAUAAAAAAUACGGCUCUCAGAUGAACCGCUGGAAGAAGAGAGGCCACCGUACACAAAGCUGGAUAUAAACAUACGAAUGAUGUUUAGGUAUUGGAAUAGUUUGACUCCAUGUGUUUUGCAUGUCAUGGUACACAAAAGAACUGGGGAGAUCGACAAGUACGUAAAGCGUUCUUUACAGAAUCAAGCACAUACUCUAUUUCUAUGGGUGCUGAUAGAAGUACAUUGUGAUAUAGAUUAGAUACACGUAUCACGUGUUGUGAUAUUUCGUGAAGAAUUGAAAUGGACUGAAAUGCACCCUUAGAUACUGUUGAGGCUGUUCAGAUACUCUGCUGCAUGUUAUGAAGCGAAGAACUGGGCAUUCUAGAAUUCUCCAGGAAGUGAACAUUCCAUUAGAAGCCAAAGCCACUGGAGAUUCUCAUGGCUUCUAUGUGGAGUUUCAUCGUUUUUUUUUUUUCUUUUUUUUGAAUAUCCCAAGCCCCUCAUCCAUGUUUUUUAGUGCCACAUUGAUCAGGGAGCACAAAGUGCAUCAGACAUACGCACAUAACUCGCACACAUAACAUCUGUUGGCAUUAGACUCCCAGAAUGCUGAGUAGAGGAUGAUGCCUGAGCUACCACUGGUCAUCUCUUUAAACGUCUGGCCAGCUAUUGAAUCACUUUUCAAUUGCUUUUCACUGUGUGCUCAGCCACCCAAUCCAGACCAGCUGUUUCUUUUAGCGGGGAGGGAGAGUUGAAAGUACCAGCAAGAUGUUCUUUCUCCUCUGGUGUCCCAUAGUGCUAUGGUACAUAUAUAUUUUUUUAGUAACCUACCUCGACACAGCAGUCACGCUCUCAGGUUGCUCCUACUCUGAUGGGGAGAUUGUAUUUUUUUGUAUAGUACACACAAACACAUGCACACAUACAUACACGCAUCAGAAGAGAACAUCUCCUUCUUUGGGCCCUUUAGCAGAUCAGUGCGUUAGCUUUUCAUGCGCUUUGAUUUUUUGAAUGUAAAGUGUUAUUUUUUCAUGUGUUAUGUUUGUUUCAAAUAGUCAUGUUUACUUUAUUCCGGCUGGUUCAGAUGCCUCGUCCAUCGGUUUUGCCACUUUUUUUCCCCUUUAAUUUAGAAUUGUAAUCAUCAUCAGCAGUGUGUGUAGAUAAUGAGUCAAAUUUGCAUAUUUUCAUAACGCCCACAAAUUCUGUAAUUAAUCUUUUUAAAGAAAUGGACAAAGUAAGCUUAGAUAAUCAAAAAAAAAAUCCUAUUCAUAUAAGGUAUAUUCCUUCAAAUACUGGUUCUGGAACAGAAUUGCACAGUAUAUUACAGUGUAGAAAAGACUCAGACGAUGUGCUGUAUAUUUAUUGUACCGAAUGCAUUGUAGUAUCGUCAAUGGAGGCUGUAGAAGCUUUUGUGUUGUCUGUAUACAGAUAAGUGCUAAAUUCUUUGGCUGUGUUAAAUAGAAUUAAUGAAAAAGACUCCGAACAACAGAAGGUAUGUGAUGCGCUGUGCUGUAGAACUUUGUCCCUAAUAAUGAAAGUCUCUAUGAAAUAUCUAUUGUACAGUUUUGGUGCUCCUGGCAUUCCUGUAAUAAGACGAAACUGUUUCAUCUGUUGUGUAAUGCGAUACAAGCAAUUCUCAAUGCGGUUACAUUUCAAAAGUCAUCUGCAGUUAGGUGCACUUUUGUUGCUUGUUUAACAUUGUAAACUACUAGUGUGCAGAUCAAUACAACUGUGUAUUUUUACAACUGUAAUGAGCAUCAUCAGGCAUCAAGUAAGUUUUCAAUGUGAUCUGUAAUGUGGUAGACUGUCUUACAGAAAGCAGGUCUUGAUUUGGUUGAAAUAGAGUGGAUGUUUGACCACAAACGGACAGCUGCCGUUAUCAUUUUAUCAGUUCAUGUCGUCCUUAUCUGUGCUACCUCAGACUGAUGGCAUGAUAUAAUUACUUUGUCUGAUGUAGAGAUUCAUCUUGAAUCGUCUUCAUCUUCUCCUCCUCUCAGCCUUUUACAGAGGUAUUUAGCCCUUAUCUGGUUUUAAAUAAAGGGAUAAUCUGAGCCGUUUUGCAUGCGUUUGAACCUGUGAUGGUAAUCCCCAUGCUGAAAAGUCUGUUACUGUGAUAAACCAUUAGAUCCACAGGCUUUCUCAUGGUGCUUGAUCUCACUUUGUUUCCAUUCAAUAUUUAGUAUCGUUUCUGGCUCGGAUCCAUAAAAGAACAAAGAGCAUGUUACCAAAAUGGCCCCUCGUCUCUAGAACCCACCUUGCGCAUGUAUAUACGUGCGCACGCGGUCACAUCCCUGUAAAGAAAGACAUGUUUGUGUCAGCAUUAGUCCUGUGUCCCAGAUUUCCCCAGGGAGACUCAGGGAUGAGGCAUUAACAUGUAGCAGCCUCAGCUCCCGCCAGCGCUAUGGCAACACCGACCUAUUCACAGCAACAGAAAGACGUUCAAACUUUGAAUCUGUAAAACAAACAGCUUUUUGUAGAGGAUAAUAUGUACCAGUUUCAGUCUGUUAAGCCCCUUUCAGGAGCUGGGAUUACAUGGGAGUGCACUUUUUGCUUUUGGUGAGGGGACCUAUAGCAGUCCAGCUGAGAGGAAUUUAUAUGCUCGCUUUUACAGUUUUACACACACAGAGGCUUUAAACUUGUGUAUUUGAUGCGGUCACAGCGUGAGGUUUCUAGAAGCAACUGGGGAUUUCUGAUGUUGCCAUGUGAAAAUUUGGUCCUGUGAUGAUGUUUAUUACCAUUAAUAAAAUCUUGUGCUGUACUGUUCAUAAAAAUAAAUGGGAAAUGUUUAUAGUGAUACUCUUACAAUGGAAGCAGAAAAGUGGCCUGGUGGGUUUGAAAAUAGAAUGUUUUUAUAACAUGAGUUAUGAAAUACAAUUUCUUAAUUGAGCUUUUUACUUUUAUGCACCUUUUUCUGAACGCGAAAAUUUUGAUCUACUUGAAUGGUGCUUUACAUUUCCGGCCUCUAGUGUUUCUUAUCAAAUUAACAUAUUUAUUAGUCAAUAAAGCCUCUUUCGCACAGCAAUUCCGGAAAAUGAACGGAUAAUGUGUCCCGUGAUUUGUCCCGGAAUCUUUGAUUUUGAUUCAUUCAUACUGCCAGUGACUUUCAAGGAAUCUGUGUGUGCUUUCACAUACAUUCCGUAACGAUCCCGUAAAGACGUGUGACGUUUGGAGCUGAUCUCUUCAAAACCCGGUAAAAGAGUCACACGAUAAUGUGCGUCAUCACUACAGCAGUCUUUUAUGGCGUUUUUUCUGGCUUUUGUUCACACAACGCUCAUUCCGGGACUGAUCCCGGCAGUGUUACUAGGGCCCCAACCCUGGAUCGUCCCCGGAGCAUGUUUGCAUUCACACAGAAGGCACUCUGGCAAUUUUCCUGAAUCAACGUGCAGUGUGAAAGGGGCUUAAUACAACAUUAAACCUGCGCACAUUUUUAUAUUUAGGUAUAUUGAAAAAGUCUUUUUUUACCCCAUUUUAACAUGUAUUUCUAUGGAGACCGGAACACAAAAGCAAUUCGUAAUUUGAAUCCAUCAUGGUGCCGCUCAUCGGCUACUAAGGAAAAAGGUGGAUAGUAGAAUCAAAGUAAUUUGGUGGAGGUUAAGAAUCCAUUUAGUGUGCUUUGCAGUUACUUAUAACUAGGGCUGUCAUGACUCCUCUAUUAAAUUUAAGUACUUUAAAAAAAAAAAAAAAGAAAUCUUAGAUUUCAUUUUGCCCAUGUUCAUUAACCAUCAAAAUACUGGAAGUGGUGCAUUUCACAGACGAGAAUUCAUGAAAAGCAUUAUUAGACUGAAAAAGAGCAUGAUAUGACCGUUUUCUAAGGCUGCACGAAACAAUAUGGGAAUUCUUUUAGACUUAUAAGGUAAAUCAUUUAUAAACCUACCACAACAAAGGAGAAUACAUCGUUAGCUUUCUAAAUAUGCUAAUGGUUUAUCGUGAUUUCAAAAUAAAUGUUUAAACCCUUGCUCUGAAUUUGCAUGUUUUGAUGUCCACAUGUUCUUGUUUAAGAAAUGACACUGGCUGUAGAAUUUCUAUCAUAAAGAAGUGACCAAAUAUUAAAGAUUAAAUAAAUAUUUGAAUUAAAUGUUUAGUUAAUAUUAAACAAGGAGUAGAUCUCACUGUAAAGUGUAAAAGCAAUCGUCAGGCCAUUGGCGCCCUCUGCAGGCAUUUGAUAUAAUACAUAAUGUACAUAAGUUAUGAUCAUAUUGUUUUAUUAUAUUAUGUUCAAUAAAACCAUAUGAUUACUUACUUUUGAUAUUUUAUUAGAACCACCCUGCUAAAAAAAAACAGCUAAAACCAGCCUAAGAUGGUUGGCGGGUCUUAUAUAGCUGGUUUAAGCUGGAAGUAGCUGGUUUUAGCUGGAUCUCCCAGCCUGGCUAGGCUGAUCAGGCUGGGUUUAGCUGGUCGUUCCAGCUGGUCUCCCAGCCUGACCAGCUAAGCAACUGGCCAAAACCCCUCUAAAACCAGCCUGCUGACAAGCUAUGACAAGCUAAAACCAGGCUGGAUGACCAGCCAGUUUUAGCUGUUUUUUUUUCAGCAGGGCAAUUAAAAUUGCCUUAUUGUUAUUAUAUAUGUAUUUAGGUCAUUUUAAAGAUAUUGUUCUCUUAGGUCUAUUCUUAUUACCACCAGAAAUGAUCUUAUUACUCGAUUAACUACCAAAAUAAUCGUUAGUGACAGCCCUACUUAUAACUUCGCACAUUACAGGUUAUGGUUACGCUUUUGAUACAAUGUGUCAUUUCCAAAUUUUAAAUAUUUAUUCACUUUGCUUCCCACUUGACUUCUAGGCUUUCAUAGUAUGUGUAUUACUGUAUUAGUGUUUCCUAUUUGUUUUUUCCAAACUGAAGUUUUAUUGAGUUUAUUGUGUGGUAAUCGACAGCAUGACACGGAAUCCACAGACCUUGAAAAAACUGGUGUAUUCAUAUUUGUCAUUGUGAAAUACUAAAGUAUAAAUCCUGUGCUAUUUCCACAGAAGUGUUUGUACUGUCGUAAUAUUCAUAUUGAUAAAAAUGAAUAUUUUACAGAUUAGAUUAAGGCAAGCAACAAACCUGAUGUCACGAACAGUUCUUACGUUUCAUGUGUUAAAAAAUGACACCUACCAUCUCAGCUCAUUUAUAGCUGUUAUAGAGGCAUUUUUUCACUUUUGGUUAUAGUACAGUGAAUGUGAAGAUGACCGUCACUUCUGUAAAACUGUGUUCAUGACUGAAACACUAAAAAUCUCCUUAAUAAGGUGCUAUUUCUGUCACUACUGCAAAUUCUGUAUUUAUCUUCCACAAAAGAGUGAAUAUCAUCUUGCAUUCAUAUCUGCAUUGUAAAGUUCUGUGUUCAAGACCUGUGUAACACUUGAGAGAUUGACACUGUCAAAGUGUGUUUUGUUCAUUAAGGGAAGUGAAGGAAAUUAUGCAUUAAUGUCUCAGAGUGAACUGUAUUUAUGUAUAGCUAUUUAACCACCCUCAGAGCUGCAUAUGAUUAUGGAAAUGUAACACUCUUGCAGGGUUAGCACAGACUGUUCAAAUGUGUCUCUGUAAACCACCAUACAAA